CCUGCAGGACCCCCGAGUGUCCGAAGUAAACCUUUGAAGGAUAUCAGGCAAAUAUGGAGGCAAAUCCUUGAAAUGUGGAAAGAACUCGGGCCGGGAGUCUCCAAGGAGAUUUUGAGGGUUGCCUGAAGGGUUUUAGGGUUAUUUUGGGGGAUCCCGAGGGGAUCUGGGGAUUUUUUUGGGGAGGUUUCAGGGAUGCCCCUGCCUCCCCUCACGGCUCAAUAUGGCGGCGCUCCCACAAUGCGAGAAGGCGGGAAACCCUCCCGUCCGGCGUCUCCCCUAUAAGGAAGGCGAGUUAGCCAAUCAGAGGCGGGGAGGGGGCGGGACUACAGCGCUCGGCAAAUCAGAGAGCAACAACGGGGCGGUGCCAAAUAGCUGGGCGAAUCAGCGAGCGAGAGAAAGGCGGAGCGACAGGGGCUCGGCCAAUCAGAGCCGAGAGGGCGGCAAAGAGGGCGGUGCGGCCGCGGUGCCUCAGAGUCGCGGCCUGGUCCCGCUCCCGGCGCCGCCGCCGCCAUGAACAUCCUUCCGAAGAAGUCGUGGCACGUGCGGAACAAGGACAAUGUGGCGCGGGUGCGGCGGGACGAGGCGGCGGCCGAGGUGGAGCGGAGGAAACGGGAGGCGCGCGCGCUGCGGGCGGAGCAGGAGGCGAGGUGGAAAAAAGGGGAAUUUGAGGGAAACAGAGGGGGAUUUUCCCCAGGGAGGGUCUCACCCCGCAUCCCCCUCCCCAAUUCCCCCCAGGAACGCCGCGAGCGGGCCCUGGGGGUCCUGACCUACCUGGGCCAGAGCGCGGCCGAGGCCCAGACCUGCCCCCCCUGGUACCUGCAGCCCCCCAGGAAAGCUGGGGAGGGGUCCCGGGAGGUGCAGGGGGGGCGCAAGGCCGUGCUGGACCCUCUCCAGGACAUGAAGAAGGGGCUGCACCGAGCCCCCAGCCCCAAAAAAUCCCCCCAGCCUCGGCCAAGGAGCCCCCCCAGAGCCCCCCCUGAGAGGGGCGGGGGAGGAGGAGGGCUGGCGGAGCUGCGGCGGCAGCGCCUGGCGCGGGAGGCGGCGGAGGCGGCGCGGAGCCGGGAGCUGCUGGGGGGGCUCCGGGACCCCCCCGGGACCCCCCAAAACCGCCGGGACCCCCGGCAGCCCCCAGACCCCCGGGAGCCCCGGGCGCCCGAGAGGGGGCGCUACAACAGCCAGUUCCACCCGGCGCUGGCGCGGGGGGGGGAGCAAGCGCACCUGAGAGACAAAUCCCGCUGAAACCGCCCCAGAAUUCACCUGGAACCCCCCUGAAAUCGGUAAUGGGCUGUUCCACCCGGCGCUACAACAGCCAGUUCCACCCGGCGCUGGCGCGGGGGGGGAGCAAGCGCACCUGAGAGACAAAUCCCGCUGAAACCGCCCCAGAAUUCACCUGGAACCCCCCUGAAAUCGGUAAUGGACUGUUCCACUGUGCGCUGAGGCGGAGCAAGCGCAGCUGAGCCCCAAAUUCAGCUGGGAGCCCCCAAAAUUCACCUGGAACCUCCCCCCCGAAAUUCACUUGGAAGCCUCCUAAACUGGUAAUGGACAGUUCCACCCGGCGCUGGCGUGGGGGGGAAGCAAGCGCAGCUGAGAGCCCCAAAUUCAGCUGAAACCGCCCCAAAAUUCAACUGGAACCUCCCCAAAACCCCUCUGGAACCCCCAAAUUUGGGAAUAAAGGAAGGAAUUUUCACCGGGGGAAAUCUCACCCUGAAUCCCCCUCCCCAAUUUCCCCUCAGAAGUGGCUGAGAUUGGGAAGCUGGGGGUGGAAAAUGGCGGCAUUUGUGUGGGAAAGAGGGGGAAUUUGGGUGGAAAAAAGGGGGAAUUUGUGUAGAAAAAAGUGGAAUUUGUGUGGGAAAAAGGGGAAUUUGAGGGAACCCCAGGGGGAUUUUCCCCAGGGAGGGUCUCACCUGAAUCCCCCUCCCCAAUUUCCCCUCAGGAUUGGGAGGCUGGGGGUGGAAAAUGGCGGCAUUUGUGUGGGGAAAAGGGGGAAUUUGUGUGGAAAAAAGUGGGAAUUUGGGUGGAAAAAAGGGGAAUUUGAGGAAAACCUGGGGGGGAAACCCCCCAAAAUUCACCUGAGAGCUCCAAAAUUCACCUGGAACCCCCCCAAAAUCUACAAUGGACAGGUCCACCCUAAACUGGGUGGGGGGAAGGGGAUCAGGGAUCCCCCAAAAAUCUCCCUGAGACCCCCUCAGGACCCC